CCUGGAUGUUGUGGAGUGGUCAUGGGCUGAGGCAGGCAGGGAGGGUUGACAACACCGAGACAAACGGCGUCAAACGGUACAGGGAACGAACUCUGGGUUUUCUUCCCAGUCCCAGCUGACUGCCCUUGAUACCUCCUCCUCCUCCUCCUCCUCCUCUCCCCAGCCCCGGCUCCAGUGGGCCAGGGAAUGUCCCGGUGCCAAGAUGCCUUACGUGGAUCGGCAGAACCGCAUCUGUGGCUUCCUGGACAUCGAGGAGAAUGAGAGCAGUGGCAAGUUUCUGCGGCGCUACUUCAUUUUGGACACACACCAGGGCAGCUUGGUAUGGUUCAUGGACAACCCACAGAACCUGCCAGUUGGUGCAGAUUGUGUUGGCUCCCUCAAGCUAACCUACAUCUCCAAAGUUAGUGAUGCCACUAAACUGAGGCCGAAAGCAGAGUUCUGUUUUGUCAUCAAUGCAGGAAUGAGGAAGUUCUUCCUGCAAGCCAAUGAUCAGCAGGACCUGGUGGACUGGGUCAACGCUCUCAACAAAGCUACCAAGAUCACUGUGCCAAAGUCAUGUGAUGGUCAACAAAAUGCAGAGAACCAAAAAGCUUUACUUGAUGUCCUAGGGCCCAAAAAACAGGUCUCUUACAAGACAGAAAUUAUAGGAGGGGUUCCCAUCAUCACUCAGACACAGCGGGAAGGGGGUGACAACGCAGAGGGGCCAGAACGUGAAGCCAUGCGACGCUCCCACAGCCAGCUGCCCUACUUCCUGGGAAGGCCAGCUCAGGAGCAGACUGUCAUCAAGUCUGGCUACUGUGUCAAACAAGGAGCAGUGAUGAGGAACUGGAAACGGAGAUAUUUCCUGCUUGAAGAAAACGCGAUGAGUUACUUCAAAUCCGAUUUGGAGAAGGAGCCUCUGAGAAUGAUCCCGCUGAAAGAAGUUCACAAAGUCCAGGAGUGCAAACAGAGUGACAUUAUGAUGAGGGAUAACCUAUUUGAAGUUGUGACCACAUCUAGGACUUUUUAUAUACAGGCGGACAGUCCAGAGGAGAUGCACAGCUGGAUUAAGGCUGUCUCGGGGGCCAUUGUUGCCCAGCGGGGACCUGGGAGGUCAGCCGCCACAGACCACCACGGCGGCCGUUCCUCCCCUUCCACAUUCUACCGCAGCCCCACGGGCCCCCCUGUCCCUCGCUCGCCCAUAUCUGCCAUGCCAUCCUGCUACCCAGAGUGGGGGGCUGCUGUCACGGGCAGCACACGCCCGCAGCCUGGCGUGGGACAGCGAGCAUUUCAUGAGCCUCCUGCCGCGGCCAAGCCACAGGCACAGCCAUGCCCCGCCACGCCUGUCCUUGCAGGAGACGCGCCUGGCAAAGUGACAAGUGACUCGCCGAUGUCCACCGUGACCACGACUGCUGCUGCUAUGACUGCCGCUGACCUGGAGUCACCAUGGCGACGGCGCAGCAGCUUUGAGCCCUACCUGCCCGAGCCUGCCCUCGACUUGGACGCCGCAGACUUGCCGGUCAGCCAGGUCUGAUCGACAACCCCCCACCCCCCACGUCACAUUUGACGUUUUAGAUCCUUGCUAGUUUGGACCAGUUGGGAAAGAAAUGGCGUAGGUAAGGGGGAAACACAACGGGGACCUUCGUUAUGAAAGCCGACACUGGAUACCAAGCCAAAGUUAACAGUGGAAUGAAUGGCUGUACAACAGCAGGCUGAUCUUCUGAGAUCUUAUGUUAGAGCGGGAAAAAAUUAUCCACUGAUGACCAACCCUUCAUCCGCCUGCUCUUGUAUUGAAAGGGUUUAUUUAUUGCUGAUAGAGUUGACAUCGUCAGAAGAAUUCCGUAUUAGUUUGCUUGUGCUCAUUAAAAUGCAAUGAGAAAGCUUUAUUUUAACCUGCAUAGCUUGUAAAGGCACAUUGCACGACAUUAUUUGUGGUGCCUAUUUUUCUUAAUCACUUUGUGCCAAGUAAAUAAGGGAUCUUUUAAGGGUGCAAACUGUUUCCUAACGACUGAAAAGAGUCCUCAAAUUGAGGACCAGCUUUAAACUGCUCCGCUAAUCUCUGUACUAAUCCAGAUCGUGUGGUCUUUCCCCACCCUCACUGUUGUACAGUAAUUGUGACACUCUGAACUCGAGUAUUACAAUCUGGGCCAGUUUUACAGAUAAAUGUCAAGUCUAGUCAGGGACUAAGUCCUAAUUUUAAGACAAAUUGCCACGAGAAGAUCAUUUGAUUCUAGAUCUAGUCUUUUAAUAGAUUACUGCAUAACUGGCCCUAUAUGACCAAGUGUGACUGACAUUUAUGGCCAACUGUUCAAGUGCCACCUUGAGUUUCUAUACAGUGGGUGUCAAUUUUUUUGCCCGCUGUCAUAGAACACGCAGAAUAAUGGUAGAGUUUGAAUUACACAGAGGUUCCUGGGGUGGAACCCCGCCUUUUUUCAUUUAGUGACUUAAAAAAUGCCCUGCCAACUAAAGACCCGCCAACACAUGGCAAGUGACUUGUUCACUCUGUCAAAGAGAACAUUAUUGGCAGAAUUGCAGAUGCACAUAAUUUAUGCCAGUUGACAAUCGGUUUAAGUGUAUUAAGUGAUCGCCCCCUGCUUGUGUACUUGAAAAUCACAGCCAGUCAGACCAAACAUGAAUCACAUAGCAGAGUGCUGCCCCAAAAACUCAAUACAGUGACAGUGACAGGGUGCACCCUUAGGCGUUCAGAAUCAAUACAAAACUCAAUGUUGAGGUCACAAUAAGAUUCACUAUUUGAUUCUAUUUCUUAAAAUGUAUUGAUAUAACAGAGCUAUGAUCAUACCAUACAGUAUUGUAGCCAAAAUCGGGGGGCAGUCCGGGAGACCGUCACCACAGCCGGGACACGAACCCGUAUCUCCCACUCCACAAGCGACGUUAACCAGUCGACUAAAGGGUCCGACCCGUUAGCCAAGGGCCAACGUGUCUACUUAUCCAUGCCCAUGCACGUUACAGUAUAUAUAUAUA